CUUCAUCACAUCAUGUUGCUUGUCACAGCCACCGAUGGACCUGUGUUGUAAUUAAAAAUGUGACGCUUCAGGCAACACUUUGGCCUCCUCCCUAAAAAGAAGAUGAUGCAUGCUGCUGUUGCCCUGGUUACACAGAGUUUUGGAUGGAGACACCGGAAGAGGGCUGGUAGAAAUGAAUGUCGGCUGGUUGAAACAUUGACGUUUAAAACAAAACAGAUAACAGAUUCACCAAAUGAAGUGACAAAAAGCAUUAUGGAACAGUGCACUGAGCUGUCAGCCUGUUUUGUGAAGAAAGCAACCAAGGCAUCCAUCGAUGUCUCUGGUCUGUAUGGCUCUGCUGUCCCUCCUCAUCACUCCGGCACUUGGACAACUAGACUUCAACCGAUUGGACGGUGAUACUGUCUGUCCACCAAUGAGAAGCGGACAAGAUGACCUUCCAGGUUUCGAUCUGAUCACGCAGUUCCAGCUGGACGUGAUCGCUCUAAAAGGUGUGAGGAAGGUGGAUGGCUCCACUUCCCACCAGGUGGCCUACCGCCUCGACAGGGAGGCCAACUUCCAAAUUCCAACCAUGCUGAACUUUCCUCGUGGCUUCCCUGAUGAGUACUCCUUCAUGGCGACCUUCCGCAUGAUCAAGAACACAGUGAACAAGGUGUGGAAUGUCUGGCAAGUAGUGGACGAAGACGGCAACAAACAAGCCGGACUGAGGAUGAAUGGCGACCAGCAGGCUCUGGAGUACUUCCUGAUGGGCGCUGAUGGCAACCUGCAGACCGUUACCUUCCAGGGCCUUUCUGUUCUCUUCAACACCAAGUGGCACAAGGUGAUGAUUGGAGUGGAGCGCGACCAGGUCACUCUAUAUGUUGACUGCCAGCCUGUGGAUCGGAAACCCAUCAAGGGCAAAGGCCCCAUCAACACAGAGGGAGAUACUCUCAUUGGCAGGCUGGAUGCUGAUCCUGACGCCUCCGUAGUGUUUGAACUCCAGUGGAUGUUGAUCCACUGUGAUCCAAAGAGAGCCCAGAGGGAGAGCUGCAACGAGCUGCCUGCCACUGAGAUGUUUGCCAAUGCUGAGCCUGACAGAUCAGUCCAAGGCCCCCCAGGAGCCCCUGGCCCAGAGGGUCCCAGAGGGCCCGCAGGAGAAAAUGGCAGAGAUGGAAGAGAUGGUCUUCCAGGUUCUACUGGCAGUCCAGGUCUUCCUGGCAGCAAAGGGGAGCAGGGGGAGAUCGGUCUUCCUGGACAGAGAGGCCUGCCUGGUCUUCCAGGAACUCCUGGUUCUCCUGGCCUAAUGGGUCCCAGAGGAUCUGUAGGGGAGAGAGGACUUCCUGGCUUUCCUGGACCUGCAGGUCCUCCUGGCCCAGCAACUGAAGGACCAGCUGGACCACCUGGGAAACCAGGAACCCCAGGAGAUGAAGGAAACAUCGGACCUGAGGGUCCACCUGGACCCAGAGGCGGAACCGGCGUCGCAGGGCCCCCUGGCCUUCCUGGUCCACCAGGGCCAGUGGGACCGCCUGGUGCCAGCAAUGAGGGAAGUGGGGAAGCUUGUCCUGCUGCAUGCCCUGCUGGACCGCAGGGACUGGCUGGGCUACCAGGGUUGAAGGGACACAGAGGUUUGACUGGUGAGCCUGGAAAAGAUGGAAAAGAUGGAGAGAAGGGAGAAGCUGGAAAAGACGGUCCUCAGGGGCCACCGGGUCGCAUGGGAGAUGACGGCCAAAGAGGGCCCAUUGGAUUCCCUGGAGCAAUCGGAGAAAAGGGAGACAGAGGUCCUCAUGGUUUCAACGGUGUCCCAGGACCUACCGGCCCACCUGGAGCUCCUGGUGUGGAGGGAAUCCGUGGACGUCAGGGUUUGGAGGGGCCGAAGGGCGACACUGGAGAAGUAGGACCUCAAGGAGAGCAGGGUCCUGCAGGGGAAAAGGGAGACGUUGGCGAGGCUGGUAAAGAUGGCGUGGAUGGAGUUCCUGGAGUUAAUGGAGCCAAGGGAGAGUCUGGUACUCCUGGAGCUGUUGGUGUCAGGGGGAUUGUGGGUAUUCCGGGGCUGCCAGGAAAACAGGGAGUAGUUGGACCCCCUGGUGAAAAGGGAGACACUGGUGCUGAGGGAGCCGUCGGGCCAGUUGGACUUCCUGGAAAGACUGGUGAGCCUGGCAAACCUGGAGAAGAUGGGAAAGCAGGACUUAAAGGAUCAACCGGUGAAACAGGAAAACAAGGUCCAGUGGGGCCUGCAGGUCCUCCAGGCAUCCAGGGUGACAAAGGAGAUAAAGGUGACACUGGUGCCAAGGGAUUGAAGGGUCAUACUGGGCAUAAAGGUGAUCAGGGGCCUAUGGGACCAAUGGGACCACAAGGAAGUCAGGGAGAUCCAGGUCUAACAGGAGACGACGGGGUAAAGGGAGACCAGGGCCCUCCCGGUGUCACUGGAGUCAAAGGAGAGCGUGGAGAAAAGGGCCAAAGAGGAGCUACAGGAGAAGUUGGCAGACCUGGUCAGACGGGCCACGAGGGUUUGGCUGGUCCAAUGGGAGCUCGAGGACUGGAGGGAGAACCAGGCCUUCCUGGAACACCAGGCCCCAGAGGACUACCUGGCCCAAAAGUGAGUGAUGAUAAGCUUCGGGACAUUUGCUCAGCUGUUGUUGAAGAGCAAUUAGCAGAGUUCAUGAAAGAGUUUCUGAAGAAGCCAGCAGCCAUUGGUUCCCCUGGUAUUCCUGGACCGGCUGGACCUCCCGGCCCCCCUGGACAAGCUGGAGAUGCAGGAGCAGCUGGUGUCCCUGGGCCGAUGGGUCCCAAAGGUCAUCCCGGCUUCUUUGGACUUCCAGGAGCGCCAGGCAAUAAAGGUGAUGCUGGUGAAAAGGGAGAUAAGGGAGACAAGGGAGAGGACGGUGUAGGCAUCAAAGGGAGCCCAGGCGCACCAGGUGCACCAGGUAAACCAGGCGCCCCUGGCAUUGGCAAGGAUGGCAAAAAGGGAGAACGUGGUGAGACAGGAAGUCCUGGUGUCACAGGAGCAUCUGGUCCAAGGGGAUCUUCAGGCCCACCUGGGCUUUGUGAUCCAUCCACCUGUAUAAGCAGACUUCCACCUCUCUAUAUGGUCAGUGGAAAGAAGUCUGCCAGCUACAAAAACCCAUGAGACAUCACAGCUCAUUGAAACAGUCCUGAUGUCAUCCUGAGGUGAUCACGUUCAACGGCUUGGCGUGGCGAUCUGGAGAAUUCAAACGUCUCCAUCUGAAUCACGGAUCAAAGAGACACAAAGGGAAACAGAGACAAAGCUCAAUUGUAGAAUACUGUAUAGACAUUUUAACUUGUAUGUGAUUUUAGUGAGAGCUUAUCUAAUGUUCAAAGAUAGCUGCUACUGAAGCCAAAGCAACUUCUUCCAGCUGACGACAGGCGCACACCCCCAUGAGUAGUCCCGUACGGAUCUAUGCAGUUACAACUGCUGACCCCCUACCUUCAGGAAAACAAAUAUUAGCAGUUUGUAAAGUGUAAUAAAAGGUACAUCUCUCUGAUUUCCUCUUUUGCAUGUACUUUUUCAAUCCUUGAAUAAGCUCCUUGAAAACAUUGCUUCUAUUCUUUUAGCUACAUGUAAAACCUACAUCACACCAGACGCCACUUUGAUCACCACUGAUUCUCCACCACAGUCAUGAACCAGUUAGGAACAGAAUUCGGUAAAGUGGAACCAUGUUUUAAGUCUUUUCCUCCAAAGUAAAAACUACAAAAGAAAAAAAAAAUCUUCACAAUAACAUCAUCAAAUUUCUAUUUCAAAGUUCUCAAAUCAUGUGCUUUCUCAUUUAAGAUCAUACAUUUGUUUUGCCCGUUUUUGUCAU